AUGACAAUCAUUUUUAUAUGGCUCAUUUUUAAUGUCGUUGAAGCAAUUUGUGGUAAUGGAGAAUUUAACCCUGAAACUGAAGAAUGUGAUGGAGCGGAUCAUUGUACAAGUGACUGUUUGUGUGAAGAGAAUUAUGUUUCUGUUCCUGAUGAAAAUAAAUGUAUACCUAUGUGUUCAAUUAAAGGGUGUGAUGGAGAAUGUGCUAGUCCUAAUGAAUGCACAUCAUGUCAUCAAGAAGGGUAUGAUGAAGAUUGUUAUGUAUGUAAAGAUGGAUAUUUUUCAAAUGGAUAUUUAAAUUGUAAACCAUUAGCUGGAAAUACUAUUUUUUCAUGUGCUUCAAAAGUUGCCAGUGCAGUGAUUGAUAUAAAAGAAGAUUUUACUGAACAUGUUGAAGUUAUUGAUACAAACGAAUGGUAUUUAACGUCAAGUAUAUGUUCACCUGUUUCACUUAUUAAUGCACCAUAUAUUUAUGGCAAAUGGUUUAAAUUAAAUAUGAAUUUUAGUGGGUAUAUCUCUAUUGAAACAGUAUUUCAUUAUACUAGAUAUAAUAUUACAUAUAUUAAAUUAAAUCAAGUUAACGUUGGAAUUGAAACUGUUCUUACUUUACAAACAACAUGCCCUGGUGAAAAUUCAUUUGUUUCUGAAUGUUUUUAUUCAAACGAUAAUGUUGAUGAUUAUAUUCUGUCAAGUAGGAUUAUAGCUCCUGCAACCUCAACAUAUUAUUUAUUAGUUCAUUCCCAAGAAGAUUCACUUCAAGCAACAUUUAAUCUUUAUAUUAGAAGGAUUCACCAUCCAUGUUCAUAUGUUAAUCAAGAAAUAUCAUGGAAUAGUAUUUCAAGAGACGGAUAUCAUUAUAUUAUUAAUUCUAAUUAUGGUGUUUUCUCAGACACUGCUUGUUCAAAACCUUCUUUAAGUGGAAUGUGGUUUCAUUUAUAUGGGGCUGAUAGGUCAUUAAUUAUGAGUACAUGUAAUACUAUUGGAGAUUAUAAUACAGCUAUUCAUGUUGUAAGUGCACCUAUUAAACACGAUGAAAAUCUUAGUUGUAGUUAUAAAGAAGAUACAACUAAAUGUGAAGCAUAUAGUUAUCAAGGGUGUACAGAUUUUGUUGAAGAUAAAAAAGUAGUUAAUUCUAAAGCAACUCUAUUAUUGUCAUUGUCUUCAAAAAAAGAUUAUUUUAUAUUUGUAUCAUAUCAAACUUCAAGUUUUGCGAUGAUUAAUUUUAGUGUUUCAAUUGCUUGUCCAUUUGGUUGUAAUGGUCAUGGAAGAUGUACUGAAAAUGGAUGUUUAUGUGAUGAAGGAUAUGUUAAUUCUGGUGAUACAUGUUCUACAUGUGGAAAUGGAAAAUUAGAUGAUGAAGAACAAUGUGAUUUGUCUGUUAGUGGAUCAGAAGAUAAAAAUUGUGAUAGAGAAAUGUGUAUGUGUCAUUAUCUCAAUAUUCCCAUGACAAUAAAUGGAACAACAAAAUGUGCACCAAUAACUUGUUAUAAUGGAGUAAUUGAUAUUUAUGAAGAAUGUGAUGGAGGAGAGGGUUGUAGUUUUUGUAGGUGUAUGGAUAAUUAUGUAGGACAUUAUAUUCCAGAACUUGGAUGUUUAUCUAAAAAUUGUGGGAAUCAUAGAUUAGAUGAAGGAGAAGAAUGUGAUGGAGGAACUGGAUGUUAUGAAUGUAAAUGUGAAAAUGGGUGGUAUAAUGUAGAUAAAUUAUAUUGUUCAAAAAUGCCUAAAUGGAGUAUUUAUCCAUUAGCUUUUAUUCCAGGAGUAGUUCUUUAUUUAUUAGUAUGGGUAAUAUUAUUUAUAAUCUUUUUAAGAAAACACAUAAGACUAACAAAGAUGAUUGAAAUUGAACAAUCUAAUUUAGAACAUAUUAUACCAUUUUUAGAGAAAUCAAUUAUUAAAUUUGAUAAAACUCAUUCACGAUUUAUUGAUAUUACUGUUGAAAAUCCAUUCUUUUCUUUCCUCUCACCAAAUAUAGAAUUUGGUAAAGAAGUACCAUUAGAUAUUCCAGAAAAAACAACUAUAUCAUUAACAAAUAAAAGAAAAGAAACAUUAAAAUUUACAUUUCAUGCAUGUGAAACAUUAAGAUAUGAUAUUAUGUUUAAACCAGUUACAGGAACUGUUAAGUCAGGACAAACAGUUCUUAUUACUGCUAUAAUUAUUAUUAAAUGUACAACAGUUCUAACAGAAAAAGUACCAGUUACACUUUCUUUCCCACGAUUAAAAGAUGAAGUUGCAUUAAAAUAUCAAACAGAACAAGUAUCACAAAAUUCUUCUUCUGAUGAAGGACAUAGAAAGAGUAAAUUAGGAAUAAAAAAGUUUCAUGUUUAUUUAAAUUUAAAUGUUGAGUCAGAACUUUCAACAAGAAUUGAUUAUAAUUCUCUUAAUAUUUUAUUUCCUCCAAUAGGAAGAGGUACAUUUGGAAAUGUUUAUAAAGCAACAUGGAGAAAUACAGAUGUAGCUGUAAAAGUUAUGAAAACAGAUUCUGUUUAUUUUGAUGAAUUAAAAAAGAAUUUUACUAAAGAAUUAGAAAUUAUGGAACAAACACAAUAUGCUUAUAUUGUUCAAUUUAUUGGAAGUGCUGAAACUGAAAAUUCAUUAUGUUUAAUUAUGGAAUAUUUUCCACUUGGAAGUAUUCGUAAAUUUUAUACUGAACAUGAAAUAAAUGAUUUAUUAAAAAUUAGAAUGUGUGAUAAUAUUGCACAAGCUAUGGAUUAUCUUCAUAAUAAACAAAUCAUUCACCAUGACUUAAAACCUGAUAAUGUUCUUGUAGCUUCAAGUAAUCCAAAUGAAGUUGUUGUAUGUAAAGUUAGUGAUUUUGGAACGUCACAAGCAUAUAUUAAUACAAAUUCUCAUAUUGAAAAAAAUAUUGGUACUCCUAUGUAUAUGGCUCCAGAAGUUCAUAAAACAGGUAUAGCAUCAUUUAAAUCUGAUGUUUUUUCAUAUGCAAUAUGUAUAUUAGAAAUUUGGAUAUGUGAAUCUGUUUAUCCUGAAGAUGAAUUUCAUGAGUCAAGUGAUAUUCUGAAUUUUGUUUGUUCUGGAAAUCGACCAAAGAUACCAGAUAAUUGUUUUUAUAAAUCAAUUAUUGAAGAGUGUUGGAAAGUUAAUCCUGAUGAACGUCCAAAUUUUAAACAAAUUUAUCAUAAAAUACAACAUGUCCUUAAAUAUUAUAAUCGUUUAAAAACAAAAAAUAAUCCACAACAAGUAAAUCAUAUAACUUCGAAUUUCAGUCACGACAUUAUCUCUUUUACUCCCUCAAAUAAUAAAGUUAAUAGAAAUCUUUCUUUGAAUGAGAGAAGUGUAUUAAUAACUUCUCAACAAAACGAAAAUAAAAUCACUGAUAAUCCUAUCAACCUAACAUCAACUAAAGAAUCAUCUUCUUCAAACUCUUCUUUAUUGAAUGGUAUUGGAGAUAUUCAACUUUCUUUCAUUAAUAAAGAAAAAUCAUCUGAUUUUUCUUCUGGACCAAUGGAAGAUGAAAUAAAUUCAACAGACUCACAAAUAUCUGAGAGUCAACAAAGUAAUGCUUUUCACAGUUAA